ACUUUAAAUAUUGUAAAUAUGUUCCUCAUUCUGUAUCAUUUCAGUAUGACUAGCCUAUUAUUUCCUUACUGCUGCACUGUAAACAGUGGACCAGUAAGGCUAAAUGCACCGACUACAGCAAACACAGUGAUACCCAAGCAUCACUUCAGACAUAAGCAUGGGCUCUUAGAAGACAAGAACAAGUGAGCUGUGAAUUCUCAACAUGCCUGGACAGUCUCAUGAACGGGAGUUGAACAUCGCAGAGGAGCUCAACCGGCUGUCCUUAAGCAGGCAGCAGCUCAGUGACAGACGCAAUGUCUUGGCUUUGCUGAUCGAUUUCAAGCGAAAUAACGGCCAAAAUGAAGAACAGUAUUACAGAGAGACUGCAGAACGUCAAGAAAUUGAUAAGGAGAUCAAAGCUCUAUCUCAGAGGAAGAUUCAACUGCAGAUGGGACAAGACCGGAUAGGAGGAACGCAUAACACAUUAAUUGAUACAUCUAUAUCAUCUGCUGUUUUUGUGGCGAAUCCACCGUCCUUUCCAGCUCCGCAGAUUAUUCUGGAUGUUCAGGAACUUCCUAGACACCCAUCCCAGACGCAGUGUCCAUUCUGUCACGAAUUUAUAACCACGGAGGUCAUAAAGACCACCAGCAGUACCUCGUGUCUCAUGUGUUUUAUUUUCAUUAUGUUUGGUUGUGUAGCUGGCUGCUGUCUGAUCCCCUUCUGCCUGGAUACCUGCAAAGAUGUUGUUCAUAAGUGUCCGAGAUGUCGGAGUCACAUACACACGUGCAAAAAGCUCUGAUGGGUGGAACAUGUGGAGUGAAUUUAACUGAAAGAUCAACAGAGAUAUCACAGCAUCUGUACUACAGCAAUUUUGAGAAUAUUCAUUCCUUUUCUCGAUUAUAUUUCACCCGACGGGGUCAUUGGAAUUUUACACCAAUGCCCGAAGCACCCUGGGAGUCUGAGCACUGCUCAUUGGAGAUAGCUCACGGCUAGCUGUUUGUGGGAUACUAACCAGCAACCUUCUGGUUAUCAGCUCUGAGCUUUCAUCACAACACAGUGAAUGGAAUAUAAGGUUUCAAUGUGACUGUCUUGGUCAUUUGCUUUGAACGUUCAAAGCAAAAGUUCAUAUGCAUACAUUGAAACGGUUGAAUACGUCCUAAAGCAGGAAACACUUUUAGGGUGUCCUGGAAGAUAAAAUAUGGAAAGAUGCAAUACUGUGACAAAACUGUGAUUGGGAACCUAUCAUUCCUGUCCUCAAUACUUCAAAUUUAAUUUAGUUACAGUUUGUUUUGGUGUUUUAAAGGAUUUUAAAUGUGAAAAAUAUGCUAGUUUGAAAUGUCAAAUGUAAUUUAUUAAUUGGGUUCUGGUUCUUAAUGCUGAUUUGUCAGUAGCUAUGGUUUAUUCAUGUUUGAACACAUCCAUGACUUGAUGGCGGUUUAAUGUAUUUAUUGCAUAGAAACAUUAAGUUACUAGUCAGAGAUUAAAUAGGCCUAUUUUUAGAAAUAAAUUUCAUUUAAUACUUAUUUGAUAUGCUUAUGCACUUUGUCUUUAUUGUGUGGUAACUGUUUUAAAAACAAUAAGGCACUUUGUCGCCUUGGAAUUAUAAGGCUCUAUCUGACAUUUUUGUCACAAUUUAGUUAUUCACAUAGUGAUGUUUUUUCUUUACGUUGUGUACAUUUUGAAACUUAGAAAACAAAACGGUUUUAUCUACAAAGUCAAAAGG